AGGGCGGCGGAGCGCGGGGGGCGCGCGGCCUGACUUCGGCGUCGCCGGCGGCACGCGGGAUUCCGCGCAGCCAUGGAGAGCGGAGGGCGGCCCUCGCUGGGCCAGUUCCUCCUCUUGGGCACCAGCUCUGUCGUCACCGCCGUCCUGUACUCCGUGUACCGGCAGAAGGCCCAGGUCGCCCAAGAGCUCAAGGGAGCUAAGAGAAUCCACUUGGGUGAAGACUUAAAGAACAUUCUCUCGGAAGCUCCAGGAAAAUGUGUUCCUUACGCUGUUAUUGAAGGGGCUGUUCGAUCUGUUAAAGAAACGCUCAACAGCCAGUUCGUGGAAAAUUGCAAGGGCGUGAUUCAGCGGCUGACGCUGCAGGAACACAAGAUGGUGUGGAACCGGACGACCCACCUUUGGAACGACUACUCCAAGAUCAUUCACCAGAGGACCAACACGGUGCCCUUCGACCUGGUCCCCCACGAGGACGGCGUGGCCAUGGCCGUGCGAGUGCUGAAGCCGCUGGACUCCCAGGAUCUGGGCCUGGAGACCGUGUACGAGAAGUUCCACCCCUCCGUCCAGUCCUUCACCGAUGUCAUUGGCCACUACAUCAGCGGCGAGCGGCCCAAGGGCAUCCAGGAGACCGAGGAGAUGCUCAAGGUGGGCGCCACGCUCACGGGGGUGGGUGAGCUGGUGCUGGACAGCAGCUCCGUGCGCCUGCAGCCCCCCAAGCAGGGCCUGCCGUACUUCCUCAGCAGCCAGGACUUCGACAGCCUGCUGCAGGGCCAGGAGGCCCGCGUCCGGCUCUGGAAGGUCCUGACGCUGGUCUUCGGCUUCGCCACCUGCGCCGCCCUCUUCUUCAUCCUCCGCAAGCACUACCUGCAGCGCCAGGAGAGGCGGCGGCUCCGGCAGCUGGAGCAGGAGUUCCAGGAGCAUGAGGCGCAGCUGCUGAGCCGUGCCAAGCCCGAGGACAGGGAGAGUCUGAAAAGCGCCUGUGUCGUGUGUCUGAGCAGCUUCAAGUCGUGUGUGUUUCUGGAGUGCGGGCACGUGUGUUCCUGCGCCGAGUGCUACCGCGCCUUGCCGGAGCCCAAGCGGUGCCCCAUCUGCAGACAGGAGAUCGCCCGCGUGAUCCCCCUGUACAAUAGCUAACCGUGCGAGGGCCCCACGGGGAGACGUGAGGGGGGACACCCCUUCUCAGGAAUUUUUGUCGUGAGGCCUUUAGGAGCGCAGUGAUGGGGGCCGCUGUUAGCCCAGCUAUGACUGAGGGAGGGGACUCGGGCGGC